AUGCCGUCGAUAUCCUGCGCCAACCUGCUGGAGUUGGUGUCUCAGACGGCGGUGGACUUCGCUUCCCCGACGAGACCGCUGAACCCACGCCUCUCCCGCGCCGUGACGGUUCCGGGCAUCAUCUCCGACUCCGGCGGGAUCGGCGGCGCCACCGGCCACUCCUCCGACGAUCCGGUUCCUCCCUUCGUCGCCGGCGCUUGCGACUCCCCCUUCCCCCUUGAACGGCGGAUCAUCGUCACCAACCAGCUUCCCGUCCUUGCUCACCGGGACUCCUUCACCCGCCGGUGGCGCUUCUCCUGGGACACCGACGCCCUCUCCCUCCAGCUCCGCGCGGGGUUCCCCGCCGGGACGGAGGUCAUCCACAUUGGCACCCUCCGGCCGCCGCCGCCGCGACCGUCGACCGGCGGCGACCCCAUUGUCGAGGCCGCCGAUCAGGAGGAGAUCGCCCAUCACCUGUACGAGAAGUUCCGCUGUGUGCCCGUCUUCCUCUCCGAUGAUCUCCACCACCGUUUCUACCACGGCUUCUGCAAGCGCUACCUCUGGCCGCUGUUCCACCACUCUCAGCCGAUCUCCACCACCGCCGGCGCCGCCCGCUUCGACCGCGCCCUCUGGCAGGCCUACGUCUCCGCCAACAAGGCCUUCUCCGACAAGGUGACGGAGGUCCUUGACCCCGACGAGGACUACGUCUGGGUCCACGACUACCAUCUGCUGGUUCUCCCCACCUUCCUCCGCCGCCGGUUUCACCGCGUCAAGCUCGGCUUCUUCCUCCACUCCCCCUUCCCCUCCUCGGAGAUCUACCGGACGCUUCCCGUUAGGGAGGAGAUCCUCAAGGCGCUGCUCAACUCCGACAUGGUCGGCUUCCACACCUUCGAUUACGCCCGCCAUUUCCUCUCCUGCUGCAGCCGGAUGCUGGGGAUCGACCACCGGUCCAAGAGAGGGUUCAUCGGCCUCGAAUACUACGGGAGGAUCGUCGGCAUCAAGAUCCUCCCUGUCGGCGUGGACAUUGGGCAACUGGAGACGGUUAUGAGGUCGCCGGCGGCCAGCGAGAAGACCCGCCAACUGAUGCAGCAAUUCCACGGCAGGACGGUGCUCCUGGGCAUCGACGACGUCGAUCUGUUCAAGGGCAUCAGCCUCAAGUUCCUAGCCAUGGGCCAGCUCCUGGAAGAUCACCCAGAAUGGAGGGGACGAGCGGUCCUCGUCCAGAUCGCCAACCCUGCGAGGAGCGGCGGGAAGGAGGUGCAGGAACUGUUGGACGAGAUGGUCGCCAUCGCCAAUGAGAUAAACCGCCGCUUCGCCGUUCCAGGGUACGACCCGAUUGUCCUCAUCCACCGGCGGCUGCCCCCCCACGAGAGGGUCGCCUUCUACGCCAUCGCUGAGUGCUGCGUGGUCAACGCCGUGCGGGACGGCAUGAACCUGGUGCCCUACGAGUACACCGUCUGCCGGCAGGGGAGCCCGGCUGCGGCGGCGGAGGGCUGCCCGAGGAGGAGCAUCAUCGUGGUCUCGGAGUUCAUCGGCUGCUCCCCGUCGCUCAGCGCCGCCAUCAGAGUCAACCCCUGGAACGUCGACGCGGUGGCGGAGGCCCUGAGCGUCGCCCUCAAGACCCCAGCGGCGGAGAAGCAGCUACGCCAUGAGAAGCAUUUCAGGUACGUCAGCUCCCACGACGUUGCCUUCUGGGCGGGCAGCUUCGACCGGGACCUGCAGAGGGCCUGCAGACACCAUUUCCUCAAGAGGGUCUGGGGGAUCGGCUUCGGCCUAGGAUUCAGGGUCGUCGCCCUCGGCCCCAGCUUCAGGAAGCUCUCGGUGGAGCACAUCGUCUCCGUCUACAGGAAGACGACCAGCAGGCUGCUGCUGCUCGACUACGACGGAACGAUUCUGCCUCAGGCGUCAGCAAGUAAGGCCCCCGGCGAGGAGGUUAUCUCCCUGCUCAGUAGCCUCUGCAGCGAUCCAAAGAACGUCGUCUUCCUCGUCAGCGGCAGAGGGAGACACUCCCUGAGCGACUGGUUCGGCACCGUCGAGAACCUGGGGAUCUCCGCCGAGCACGGCUUCUUCAUGAGGCAUCUAUCUAUCUAUUUCUGUCUAUCUAUCCAUCUAUCCAUCUUUAUCGUUGGCAGAGAGCUCUGAUCUCAGGUCAUCGGCAAACGAACCAAAAUUGUUGGUUUUUGUUUUCUGGCGAGAGUGGGAAUCAAACAGUGUGGAAUUGAUUGCAGGUGGGGUAGGGACACGCAGUGGGAGACUUGCUCGCCGGCCGUUGACUUUAGAUGGAUGGAGAUGGUGGAGCCUGUCAUGAGGGUUUACGCGGAGACGACCGACGGCUCGUGGAUCGAGCGUAAGGAGAGCGCCCUGGUCUGGCACCACCAUGACGCCAAUCCGGACUUCGGGUCGAGGCAGGCGAAGGAACUCCUCGACCACCUCGAGAGUGUUCUCGUCAACGAGGCCGUUGUCGUAAAAAGAGGCCACCACAUCGUUGAAGUCAAACCCCAGGUAUGGUGAUGAUGAUCGGCCAUCUUCCUCGGACAAGAAGAUGGGAUCAAAAUGUGGGGAAACUCGGGGGUCAAGAUGGAUGAGAAUAUUUAUCUUUCAGGGCGUCAGCAAGGGGAAGGUGGUGGAGGGUCUCGUCGCGGCGAUAGCCACAGGAGGGAAGCCCGUUGACUUUAUCUUCUGCGUCGGGGACGAUCGAUCGGACGAGGACAUGUUCGAGAGCAUCGCCGGAGCGGUGAAGGUACGGAGGCUGGCCACCGCCGAGGCGACGGAGGUCUUCGCCUGCACUGUCGGGCAGAAGCCAAGCAGGGCGAGGUACUACCUUGACGAUCCGGCGGAGGUUAUAAGGACUCUCCAGGGCUUAGUCUCCGCCUCCACGCGGCCUCCCAACCCCGCCACCGCCAUCCAGGUGUCCUUUGAAAGCUGA